GCAGCGUUAUUAUUCCUACAGCUACUAUUACUACUGCUACUACUAUAACUACGAGUACUAUCUUAUUAAAUCAAAUAAUAUCGGGACCGCGUGUAAUAAUUGCAUUAUCAUCAAUGUUAGCGCCUUGAUGCUGGUGACCGACCCCUUUCGAAGUCGUUUACACUGCAACGGGUCGCGACGAUGUGAACAACGCAACGGUGCGUAAUGUGUAUCUUAGGUCGAAUAAACAGUGGCGUGCGGUAUGUUGGUUGUGGCUUUACCGAUCCGAAUGAGAACGCCUCGAUGAGAAGGGAUAAUAAGAUCAACGACAAACGGGCUUAGGAAUAAAUGUUUCAGUUUAUUUUGGACCCAUCAGAACCUGGAAAAGGUUGGACUGUCAUCCCCCUGGUGUAUCAACGGAGAAAUAGUAUCCGAUCCUUGCGUUUCACCACCAAAUUUUUUACUCAGCGAUACACGUGCUGUCAAAUUUAAUAAAUAUUUUCAACGAAAACGUUACAAAGAGGGGACAUUUAUAGGAAGUGGUCUAAUUUUUUCCACUGAAACGGUCACAGCCUUGUCGUUUGAAAUGGAAAAAUCUUCCAAAAGAGAACAUGAAAUCAUUGAUGAAUUUGAAAAAAUUAAAGAAAUAAUUCGAUCAAAAGCACAAAAGCAUAGUACGUUCUAUAGAAAACUCUAUAGCGAAAGCAACAUCGUUUUGCCUUCGGGGUCACAGAUGACGUAUACGGCCCAGAAAGAGACUGGUUACGUAGUUGAACCUGUGUCUGAGAACAUAAACGAAGAAUGCGAAAAUGCACUCGAAGGUGCCAGGCCACUGACCGCAGAUCAGAGAGGAACAAGUCUGGAGAAGAUGAAUGAGAGCACGAAAUCGGAAAGCAUCUUCAAGAGUGUCAAACAGAUGAGAGAAAAAUACAUGGCCAUGCUAGAAAGUACUUACAAGAAACUGCAGGAACCGCUAUUGAUUAAAGGAAAAAUCAUUGAAAAUAAUGCUCUUGUUACUAAAGUAGAUACAACUACUAAACCUGUUAUAGUAGACGCUGUCUCCAAAUCAAACAGUGAACAAGAUCAUAAAGAAACAGAAGAAAGUUUGGUUGAGUUUCAACAACAAAUAGAGGUCAAUGAUGGAAAUAAAGAUACUGCCAACUUAGAUGAUUCCCACAAAACAAGCAACGUAACAAGUUUGGAGAAUUCAGACAACACUGAAAUCUCUUCCGCAGAAUACCAAUUACAAAAACACACCAAUGAAACUGAAAAGACUGCCAUUCAUACUCAACUGGAUAAUGAUUCAAAACCUUUCGUCAAAUGUUCGGUAUUGUUGAACAAUCCGGAAGACAACGUUAUUGAUAGUUCUAAGACUGAUGAGGCUGAUACUAUUUUAUCAACACUAAGAGAGACACAGAGUAUUAGUCCUGACCGUUCUGCAACAGACGAUUCUUAUUUAGCCCCACCUACAAGUGGUUAUUGCAGUUCUGCAGCUUCCGGAACCAGUGAAGACGAAAGAGACAGGACCUGGUUAACGCCUGAAAAGAACCUUCUUCAACGAAGCAGUAGCAACGAUUCAGCUUUGAACUUUAAUCUCAGUGACGAUGAACACAAUAAAGAAAAAGUUGAUGAAGAACUUGCUGGUCCAACCGAAACGGCUAAUCAAGAGUUUUGUACAACUGAAGAAGAAAACUCUGUUGGUUUUUCCAGUCAAGCCGGUGUUCCAUCCAAGACCCUAAUCGAGGGUAAUGUUAUCAUGUAUCCAUUGAAUCGUCAGGCAAGCGUUAGUGUUAGUGAUAGUGUCGAGUGUAGUGAUAAAGCUGUGGAUAAUGGCCGUCGACAUAGUUGUGCCACUGACGAUGACGUUGACGAACCCCGUGACGAGCAAUCCCGGUACCGGUAUUUUCGGACCCCUUCGGUUGUAGUUAGUGAUUAUUCCGAUGACGUGACGGGAUUGACACUUGACGAUAUUGAGUUUUUCAAAAAUCAGAGAAUAGAUCCGUCGUCGUCUGCUGAAUCAAGUUUGAAUAGUUCCUGUAGCAAUUUGAAUUAUUGUGGAUCGAGUAUAAUCGGUUUAGAUUCGGAUAUUAUCUGGAAAUCACCGUUUAGGAAAAAUUCUGCUUCUUCUUGUUCCGAAGAUGAAGAUGGUAGAACAGUAAACAAGCCGUCCGGUUGGAGAAAAUUAAGGAAUAUAGUUCAAUGGACACCGUUUUUUCAAACGUACAAAAAACAACGUUACCCUUGGGUUCAGCUUGCUGGUCACCAAGGAAAUUUCAAGGCAGGCCCCGAUCAAGGAACCGUUUUAAAAAAACUUAGUAUUAAAGAAGAGAAGUGUUUUAAAGUAUUAAUGAACGAUGUCCUUAAGCCGUAUGUUCCUGAAUACAAGGGACAAGUAACGAGUGACGACGGUGAAAGUUCCUACAUUCAGUUGCAAGAUCUUCUGGGUGAUUUCGUUAAUCCGUGUGUCAUGGACUGUAAGAUUGGAGUGCGCACGUAUUUGGAAGAAGAAUUGGCAAAAGCCAAAGAAAAACCAAAGUUAAGAAAGGAUAUGUAUGAAAAAAUGAUACAAAUCGAUCCAAACGCACCAUCGGAUGAAGAGCAUCGCUUGAAAGCGGUAACAAAACCUCGAUACAUGAUUUGGCGGGAAACUAUAUCUUCCACUGCAACAUUGGGUUUCCGAAUCGAAGGUAUCCGAAAAUCUGAUGGCACAUCAACAAAAGACUUCAAGACUACAAAAACUAAAGACCAAAUUAUCAACGCAUUCCAUGAAUUCACUGAAGGAUUUCCACACGCUGUGCCAAAGUAUAUCCAAAGACUUAAAGCUAUAAAGGCAACAUUACAGGCCUCUAACUUUUUUAAUACACACGAGGUCAUAGGAAGUUCGUUAUUGUUUGUUCACGAUCGAUACAACGCUAACGUAUGGCUUAUCGACUUCGCCAAGACGCUACUUCUUCCAUCGAACGUAAAUAUUGAUCACAAUUCAUUUUGGAAAAUCGGCAAUCACGAAGAUGGUUACAUGAUCGGCAUAAACAAUAUUAUUUCAAUUUUUGUAACGAUGUUAGAACAACAUCCUGUUUGCGUCACACCUCCACCUCCUGUCUGUAUUCAAGAAAAUAAAGAAAAACAAAGAAGCAUCGAUCAAGGAAGCAAUGAAGAAUAGAUUUUAUCGCAAUUAUCUACGUAACAAAGGGACGUAAUAUUAUCAUUAUUAUUGUUGUUAUUAGCAGGAACAAAUUAAUUCUUUUGAUUAAACGGUAACAAUCAAUAAUUGUGCUCCUUUUAAAUAUGUAUUCAAACGUUUUUGAUACGACAAUAUUUUUUGCUAUUAUUAUUAUUAUUAAUGUUAAUAUUCAUGGAGAGAGUUUUCCAGUAACGGACUGAAAUAAUCUAUUAUUUUAAUUUCUACAAUGUAGUGUACAUAUUACAUACGUAUUUAAAAUAAUAUGCGUAUUUAUUUAAAACUAAAUUAACUUGAGUAUUACUGUAUAGAAAUAUCUUAUUUAAAAAACACACCUAUGUAAUUGUUUAACAAUAAAUACUUUUAAUUACGUA